AUGCCUCUCUGUAGGCUGGUACUUAUUUCUUUCUUUUACUUUACUCUUAUUUUUUGUUUCUCUUCUUUGCUUUCUUUUCUUACUCCUUUCUUUCUUUUCUCUAUUUUUUUGUUAAUCUUCUUUACACUUUCUUUUAUCUGCUUUAUUUGCUUAUGCUUCUUUAAUCUUUCUAUUCUCUGCUUUCUUUUCUUACUCUUCUUUCUUCUACCAUUCUCUUUCACUUCUUUUCUUUCUUUUUCUCUUUUCUUUUUUUCCCUUCCACUUUUCUUCUUUCUUUUUUGCUCUUCUCUUUUCACUGCUUUCUUACUCUUUUUUCCUUUUCUCUUCUUUACUUCUUUUAUUAUUCUACUUUUCUCUUCUCUUACAUGUCUCUGCCCAGCAGCUGAAGGGACCCAGCAGCAGCAUUUGUUCAAACAGUCCUUUUCAGGGCUAACUUCUGAAAGUCAUUCGAUCACCACUCUUCGAGGCUCCACUCACUUCACUCUCUGCUACUGCCUUCCCUCUGAGACGCCAGAUCACUCCUGCAGCUCCCAGCACUCCUGCAGCUUCCAGCUUGCUCCUACAGCUUCCAGCUCACCCCUGCAGCUUCCAGCAAUCCCCGGCUCACUCCUGCAGCGCUUCACUGACGUCCAGCGACUAGUUCCAACCUCCGGAUACCGUUUCCGAACAAACGACCUCUGUCGUCUGUCUAUCCACCGCUCGCAAAUAAAGACACGAUUUCUAUCGUCUACAACGGACCAUCUGCAAGGGAUCGAAUUUAGGAUUUUAAAAAAGAAAAUUAUAAUAAAAAGAUUUUUGUUCCUUGACAAGAAGAUCAUGUAUUCUGCUGACACCCAGCAGCUUUUACGACAAAAUUUACUUCAAAUAGCCAAAGGAGAUGUCAUCCCUCAGCUGUUGCCUGUCCUUGGGGUUGGCAGCUCUCCCCGGGGUAUCCGAACCACUCCUCGCAUAUGUCCAGGUUCACCACCAUGUUCUCCAGUCAGUGGCAGAGUGGCAAGUCCCAGAAGCCCUCGACGUACAUACUCAAAUAAGUCUGUUAGCAUCAGUACAACCAGUCUGGUGAGUACAUUUUUAUUGUUGUCAAAGUAUGUUAUACCCUCUUGA